AUGCAUCGUGUAUAUGCUAUAACAUCAAAUCCAAUAAGUGAAUAUAUUUGUUUGGCUUUAGCUCGUUUACCCCAGCAACCAGCAGUUCCAGAACUGGUCUUACUUUUAAGAAAUAAUACAAUUCUAACUUCUUAUCUACAAAAUGACUCAUCAUUGACUGUGAAUUUACCAAGAAAUAAAUCAAUAUCAUCUCAAUUCAUGGCUGCAGUGUCCCCUCCUAAAUAUGAAGAUGGUUCAUACGCACAUAUGUCAAAUAUGUUAAUUGGUCAAACAAGUACUAAAGAAAUAGCCUUCCAAUUGGAUAAAUAUAGAGCCUGUAUCCGCUCAGAUUCAAAUAUCUUACUAUUGGACCCAAACUGGACUACUUUAGAACUUGUUUCAAACCAUCAGCUUUGGAAUAAAAACCGUGGAUCAGCUGUAUCUUUAAGUGAUGGAGAAGAUGAAAACCCUUCAAAAAACUUGCUAAACUUUCCAUCUGUUUGGAUUGGAUCGACUAAGUUUUGGCAAAGAGCACAAUUUCACAAAAUUAAACCUUUUACAUCGAGUUUAAAUACUAAUUCUUUAAAAGUGGCAGAUGAGCUAAGGCCCCUAUCAUUAAAAUUAUGUAAAUUUACUGAGGAUGUUUCUAAUCGAAAUAAAAUAUUUUCAUCCAAAAAUGAAGACAAUUUAAUCACACUUUUAAAAGAAACGUCAAUCACUACUAAUCAACCAUUAAUCGAUACUACUUUUAUUUCAUAUAAUGAAUAUUUGAUAAGUAGAUUACAAGAAUUGAUUAUAGAUAGCUGUUUAAUAUCCAUUUCUAAGCUAUUUGGAUGCAAUAAAUAUAAAGAAUUAAGAAAUGUUGAGAAUUUUCACCGACUAAUAAAUUUAAUACUAAAAGAACAGUUUAAAAUUAUCAGAUGUGCGUUUCCAGAGUUAUUUCGAGUGGAUAUAGCAAAUCUUUAUUUAAAUGAAAUUCGCUUGAAUAAAUUAAUAUUUGAAAAAGUUAAUGGUAAUGGUUCUAUUACAAAUAAUCAAUUAAACAAUGACAAAAAUAUAUCAAAUAAGUGGUUCAUUUAUUGGGGAAUUAAAUAUAACAAAAGCCAUUAUUGGAAUUAUAUGUUGUGGUAUUUACUAAAGGGUAAAAUAACACUAUAUAAAAAUUCAUUAACUUUGUUAUCUAGAUAA